UUUGCAGAGCUGAUGAUUGUCCUUCGGCGCACACCGUACUUCAGCCCACAAUGCUUUGCAAGUUAGCAGUAGCUAACAAGCAGCUAACAAGCUACCGAAACACCGACUGGUCUGUUUUUCACUUCGUCUGUGGAUCGUAAUCAGGUGUUGAGCAUUUUAGCUUCUGGAUUUCUCUGCACCUGCAAACAUGGUCAACGUGCACAAAGGUGUUCUCAUUGAAUGUGAUCCCGCCAUGAAACAGUUCCUCCUCUACCUGGAUGAAAAGAUGGCUUUGGGGAAGAAGUUCAUCCUCAAGGACCUGGACGACACACACGUGUUCAUCCUGGCAGAGGUGGUUCAGAUCCUCCAGGAAAGGGUCGGCGAGUUAAUGGACCAGAACUCAUUCCCCUUCACGCAGAAAUAACACAACUGUCAGAUCUUGGACUUUUGACUGUUUAAGCCUGGAUUAAAUAAGAUGUGCAAUGUUUUAAAAGGAGUCUCUUGUUUUUGUAACAUUUGUUAUACGUUUGAAUAAAAUGUUCAUUUUGCUCCUUGGUGUCACACUGG